GGACCUCAGACUCCUGCACAAACUUUUUACCCUGACAGGCCAAAGCUAUGACUUUUGCGUAAUCGUAAACUAGGGACUGGGAUCCCAGAAGGAUCCGAGGGGUGAAGAGAAGGAACGUAAAACACUUCGGGGCGCGGCAAGACAGAGAGAAAGAGAAAAAAGAUUGAGGUGAACUUAAAAACUAGAAACCGAAGUUGUGGUUUACCUAAAGGUAAAGGUGGAGAACCGAAUAGUUAAUCCAUUCAAAGAUGAGCUUGAUGUCUGCCAUAGACACCAGUGGCUCUGUGUACCAGCCUGCACAGCUUUUAAACUGGGUCUACCUCUCUUUACAAGACACCCACCAGACCAGUGCGUUUGAUGCAUUCAGGCCAGAGUCUAAUUCUUCCCAUCCGGAUCUGAACUACACCAAGCCUCCCGCUGCUGACCUGAGCUCCUCUCUAAAUUCCAACUAUCUCAACAACUUCUUUCAGCUCCAAAGGAAUGAGGCCUUGAACAACAGCCUGUAUAAAAGUGCCUCCCCCUACGGCUCCCUCAACAACAUAGUGGACGGCCUGAGCUCCCUGACGGACCACUUCUCUGACCUGUCCCUCUCCUCUGAGCCACGCAAACCCAGCAAGAGGCCCCCUCCCAACUACCUGUGCCACCUCUGCUUCAACAAGGGACACUACAUCAAAGACUGCCCCCAGGCCCGACCUAAAGGGGAAGGUCUGACUCCAUAUCAGGGGAAGAAGAGGUGCUUUGGAGAGUACAAAUGCCCGAAAUGCAAGAGGAAGUGGAUGAGUGGAAAUUCAUGGGCCAACAUGGGACAAGAAUGUAUCAAAUGCCACAUCAAUGUUUACCCACACAAGCAGCGACCUUUGGAGAAGCCCGACGGCCUCGAUGUUUCGGACCAGAGCAAGGAGCACCCUCAGCACCUGUGUGAAAAAUGCAAAGUCCUCGGCUACUACUGCCGCCGUGUGCAAUAAUCCCUGAGAAGACGGUGACACCCCCCCCCUCCUCCCCCAAGCCACGCUAUUCAAUGCUUUAUCCACAAAGUGCUCUUCCUUUAUGAAGUGGAACUUGCCACAUUUGAUUUGCAUACAGCUUCAGUGCUAAUAGCCCUUAGAACACCAGUGCUAAUUAACACAUUUACCUGUGUAUGUGUACAAGUGAAUUUGUUUUCUUUUAUCAAUAACGUCACUGAGAGUGUUGCUGCCCGUAUCAGUUGCAAUAGAUUACCUCACACCGGUGUCUGUUGGUUAUUAUCACCACCCCACAGUGGUGUUUAUUGUUUACAUAAUUCUUUUUGUUUCCCUGCCGAGUGAAAUAUGUGGAUGUGCCAAGUGUUCUUAUAUCAUUUUAGGUUUGCUUGAUUUAAUAUGGCUCUUCACGUCUUGUGUUGUUCAUUGGGUCAGCAGCACAUCUAAUCAACUGUGAAUUAACUAAGGGAUUAUGAAGAGUUCAUCCCUGGCUUGUAUGUUGCCUAUGUAUUUAUUACUGGAGAGCUACCAUUUAUUGGUUGUAGGCUAUUAUUAGUUUUUGUAUUAUGUAGUUGGUUUAACUGGGACAUAUAUACACCCUCUGUAACUUUCAUUGGUCUUCAGAAACUACUGUAGUUGAAAUAGUAGUUUUAGAAAGCAUUAGUAAGCUUGGCAAUUAAUUAAUUAAUUAAUACUUUACCUAUGUAUCUGUUGGACCUUGAGUUAUUAUACAUAGUUAAUUUAUAUAUUAAGACAUUGGCUCAUUAAAUAUCAUGUUUAUGUGAAAAUUAACUGUGCAAUACCAUUACAUAUUGUAGAAUUAUUAGAAAGCACAGAAUAACAGGAUAUCAAAUUCCGUUUGACCAUUGUGCAAGAUCACACUUUGAGAGUUAGCUCGUUGUUAGAAGCCAGAGCCAACCACAACAGAUGAAGAUCAAUGUGAUUUUGUCCUGUCCCUGUAUCGUUUUGUUGCAUAGCAAUGUGAGCAAAGGACAACAAAUAAGAAGUUGUUGAGAUUACAUGUGUCUUCCCUUGCACAGACUCAAAAUGAUUUAUGUAUGAAAUACGUAAUUUCCAAAAAAUGUUAUACACACCACAUGUGCCAAAAAGAAAUAUUCCUUGACCUGAUUUUGUAGAGCUCCUGGACAAACUAUGUCUUCAAACUACAUAUUACAUAGGAUCUUGAUCCUAAUCUUCUGGUGAUUGUUUAUGGGAAAAAAUAGUUCCAUCAUCUCAUAAUUUCCCUAUGCAGAUGUAUAAUCUGAAAUAUACAAUGGCAUAUAUUCUCACUGCUUUGAAAUUGUGCUUUUACAUAUAAACAUUUAUUUUUACUCAGGUCAGCUGCACUGUUAAAAUAGGAAGUGAUCAGGUAUGCAGAUUUUUUUUAUUGCACAGUAUUUAGUCCUGAAAAUUCCUCACAUGAAGUUGGGCCGAUAAUUUGUAUUAUUUUUCACCAAGACAUUUCCCUGUACAGUCAUAAAUAUCAUUUGAUGUUUCUCAGUUAUUACAUAACGUCUGCUUAAAUGCAUUGUCUUCAAAAUAUUUUUGUUCAUGCUAUGCUUAGCGUAUGAAAAGUAGUUUCAUAUAGUUCAAUUCACGUGAUCAGUUUCACAUUUUAAAAACAUGAUGUGACGUGGCGUGAUGUCGUUCUCAUACAAUAGGCUUGAGCAACUUGGCCCAGAUGACAAUCAGUGCAACAACACAGCCAUCAAGGCUGAUAGUAAUGAGGACUGACAUCAGAGGUAACAUCUUGAAUCCCAUGAAACACCUUCUGACAAACAGAAUGUCAGAUCAUAUUUGUACAUAUACAAUGAUAUUCAGUAAUAUGGAGCUCCCUCUACUAUGUUGGGAAGAAAUACUGCACAAGGAAUGUAUUAGACAGAUCUCUGACUGUAGUAUUUGGCUGUUGUGUUUUUUUUUUGAGUGCACUGAUAGGCAGAUGAUACGUGUUGUGAUUUUGCAGCGUUUGGAAGUGAUCCUAUGUUAAAUUGUGGUUUGCUACACCUCAAGUCUUGUGUCUCAGUUAGAUAGAUACAUACAGCAUAUAAUUGAACGGGGAAAGUAAUUUUAUUUCAAGUGUGGUCCUUGAUAGGUCUUUGCAGUGUAGUCUCAUGGUUUGCUCAGGAGAUAGAUAGGAGGCCAAACCUCUUGAUAAAUGUGACUCUUAUUUCGCUCUAAUUGUAAGUGCUUCUUUGUCAUGUGAUGAUUACAUAGGGCUCAGUUGCGGUCAAACAAAAAGCAAGUAUUUCAAAUCACAGAAGAAAUACUACAGCAGAAAUGAACUGUAUUCCUAACCCCCAACCAAGUUAGGAUAUACUGCUACUACUGACUCACACCACAUUACAUUACAUUAAACUUACACAGGAAACACACAUUAGCUUGUUAGAGCUUCUUUGUGGCUCACUACAUAUGCACAUUUUAUACAGCGAAAAGUCAUUCUUAAUUCAGAAUUUCAUGAUUUUUAUGUGCUUUCUUAAUUCUGUAUGUAACACUAAUAAGGUGAUAUGAAAUAAUUAUAGAUUAGGUAGCUCAUGUUAUAGUCUAUAGUUAUUGUCCAUUGAAGUGGGUUAGCUGUGCUUUUGAGCCUGAAACAGUGGUCAUCAGAUGCCACCCCAGUGGUUUGAGUGCAACUGAGCCACUUUGCCCAUCACAGUACAAAGUACUGCACCACCAUGCAGAAUCAGAUAAAGUACAACUUAUGAAAUAAAUAAAGCCAUGUAUUUCUAGGUGUAGUAUUAGGUUAGUAUUAGGUUUUGAAAGAGAAUGAUACUGUCAUUUAAAAUCUUGUCACAUCCCUGAGCAGAUGUAAGAGAAAGCAGGAGAGGGAAAUGUCAAGUCUAAAGGGAUGAUGUUCACUAUUGUAAAAUAAUAGGGAAUAUGGAAAGUCUACUUUUGUGCUGGAAUGACAUAAAUAUUUGUUAUCAGAAAAGAUUUGUACUGGCUUUUAACAGGCUGAACAAAUAUGAUUUAUCAGUUUUUGGUUAUGGGUUUUUAACAAGUUUUACUGAGGCUAUGGUCUUAGUUAUCAUAGGAAGUAAAUUUAAUACAGUGUACUUUUUUGUCUUAACUUACACAACCUUUGCUGUCAGUCAGGAAUUGAUAGACAGAGAGAUCAGAACUCAUUUGCUGCUUUCUAAAUCAAUUAGGAAUGGCAAGAUGUCACUUCUGCAAUAAGCUUUAUAGAGUUUACCCCACUUGUGACAUUGGUGUUAUCGACAACUUCAGCAUCAAGACAGCCUCAAAAAAGGGACUGACAAAAAAUAGCGAGUAGGUAGUUUCAAGAGGCAUGUUUAGAGGUGAACUACAGCCUCAGUCUAAACUCAGUGCACUUUAUCCUUAACUUUGACAGGCGUAUUUCCACAAAAGUGAUCUUAUUUCAGUUCAUCUACAUUUCUCAUUUAUUUCAGUAGCCGCCGAAUUCGCAUUGUCUAAGAAUCCAAAACGAUGAAAAAUUCAGUGUCGAUAUGUUACUCCAAGUUAGGAAUAAAGUUCCUUGUAGUUUGCUUGACCACAGGCUGUUGUCAAGUUGCAAUGACUGUAGCUUUAUAUUGUGUGUUAACCUCAAGGGACUCUCUAUGCCUCUGGGACUAAUACUUAAUUUAGUAACUAUCUUAUUAUUAAGUGAAGAAGUUGUGUAAUACGGACACGUAGAGCACAAGAUGUACCUACUACUUUCUGUUUUGACUUAUAUUAAUAGUUGCAUAAUAUAUAAAGUGAAUAUAUAAGCAAUAUGUUAAAGGUAACUAAACUUGAAGUACUUAAAGUGGAUCAUUACAGUAUUUUAAAGAUGUUAUUCUGUUGUGCCAUUUAAACCAAAAGUUUGUUGCUGGCUGAAAUAUGGAAAAAAAUUGAGAUAAGCAGAGAUGAAAAUGUUAUGUUUAGUCUGAAGGAAGAAAUAACUUAAAGCGGUUUCUUAAUUGUAAGAAGAAGCAAAUAUUGUGUGCGACAAGUUUCAAAAGUAACCGAAAAAUGUGGCAUUAUGCAUGGAAUUGUACAGAUGGAUGAUAAAACAAAGUAAUUACUCCCUGUUAGGACUGACAUGUUUAAACUGGCUGAUAAUUUCACUCGCACCAUUACUCUAGUUUACUUGGAACAAAAAUGUCCAGCUGGCAAAAACAAUCAUAGCACUGCUGUCAUGGUAACAAGGACAUGUUAUUCAAAACCUACAGUAAACGCAUACAUUCCCCAGUCAGCCAAACUAUUGCAUUUAGUUAGUGCAAGUGCAAGCUUUAUUUUCUAAAGUAAUUUCCUGUGAUGGAAAACUUAAACUCUCUGCUCUUGAUACUUACAGAUACAAUGAAAAACAUUGCCUGAACAGCCAAUUUAUACUUUUAACAUGUGUUAGAAGACAGGCAUUUCAAGUAAUAGCAUUUGUUCAGUUUUAGCAGGGUUUAAGAAGAGCUUGGUCUUUCUGACACCUAGUUAACUAAAGUUUUCGUUGGGAUAUGAUUUUUUUAUUGUGGUUUGAAUAAUUCAAAGCCUGCCUACAAUGUUCAUUUUUGAAUGUGUCUCUAAUGUGAAAUGGAGGAAUGUGAAGUUUUCAUAGCAAAGAGAGGUUUCUAACACAGUGUUAUUGCUGCCAUGGGAUAGGGUAGGGCUAGAAAAAUGAUUACAUAAAUGAGCUCAGUAACUGAUUUGCGGCAUCUGCAUGUAUUACAGUUAAACAGAUACACAUUUGGUGUGUAGACUAUACUCUCCUCACGUUAACAGAACGUGGGACAGGACAGUACAAAGUAGCUGAGAUUCUGCCUUAAUUCCUUGUUUUUACAACAUGGCUGCAUAUGAAUUCUCUGCCUUUCCUUUCGCCAUGGGAUGUUUGAAUCAAUUCUUACAUGGAAUUACAAACAGCUGUUCUUCCCCAAAGAUUUUUUGCGCCAUCUUGCCAAUGAUUCUGACAUUGUUCUUGCUGUGCUACAUUGAUCUUAUUUCAUUCUGGGGGCAUUUCUAGCUAGAUAUAUAGAGGCAGUCUGACUCAUAUUCACAAUGAUAGCAUAUUGAUGUCAAUUUUAUGUGAUUUCUGUGCAAAAACAAAACAACAACAAGUCUGCCACCUUUAAGGAGAGCUUUUGCCGAGUAAUUUUCUAUCCUGUCCUUUACUUAAAGAAAGAAACCGUCCAUAUCACCCUUGACCCCAUCCCCGCAAAGGGACGGUGAUGGAAUUCUGCCAGAGCUGGCCUCAUAAUAAUCAAAUGGGGCCUUCAAAGUCAGGAAAAUUACUCAGGUCUUUUUAGACCUACAAAGGAAAAAAAAACCCUGAGGACCCUGAUGCGAUCAGUGGUGGCAAAAUGCCACUCUGUGAGCUAUUGAUAAUGUCUGGGGGAGGAUUCCAUGAGUAAGCCAGUGUCCCCAGUUACAAAGAGCCAUCAGAAGCUGUAAUAAAAUGUCCUCCCAUUGAAAGAAUAAAGAAGUGCUCAAAUGCUUGCAGACAUUUCUGCCUUGAGAUACACAUACUUGACUUUUACUGUUGUUUUAAAUAUGGAUUUUUUUUUUUCCUAUGGACGAUGUAUGUAUUUUGGAAACCUCUUUAUAUGUUGACAUUUUUAGAGCAAUUGCAAGAAAAUGAAGACUUCUACCCCUGACAGAGAUCUUUGCAAUUACUAUCGUAUGUAUAUAUUUGAAGGCCAUCAUUUAAAAAAACUAUCUGUUGUUUUUUUUACUGUUAAAUUGCAAUAUCAGAGCUUUUUGUUAUAAGGGCCUAUUGUUGAAAUAUAAACAAAGCUGGGAGUUUUUCUUCAAUGUUUUA